GACGACACCUUUUUUUCUUUUUCCAGAAACAAAAAGGCAGUCGCCGGAGAAGGGGCACGCCGGCGAAGCAUCUCCGGCUCCCCCACCCGACGACGACGGCCGACGCCUCCCACCAACCCCUACCACAACACCACGAGCCCCCACCGCCCGCCCAUGCUGUGCUCGCUCCUCCGCCCGAACCCCCACCCGCGGACAUGAAACCCCGCGAUGGAGGAUCCGGGCCCGUCGUCCGCCGCCCCUGAGCCUCCCCCGCCCUCGCCCUCGCCCCCACCGGAGGAAGGGGACGGCUGGGUGAUCCUUCCGCCCAGCGAGGUUGAGGGCAUCGACGAUCCCAAAGUGAUCCACUGGGAGGACCUGCAGCAGGAGCUCGCCCGCCUCUGGAGCCUCUCCGCCGCGCUCCAAUCCGUCAGGGACCGCAAGGCGCAACUCGCCGCCCGACUCGAGUCCGCAUUAGAGGCUAGACGGGCGUUUCUCCAGCAGGAAAAUGAGUUGGCUGAAAUGAGGCAGAGACUGCAAGAGCAUACUCAUCAUCUGGGGGGUUUGAAGGUGCGCACAAACAAAUCGUCAGAUGAUGUUGAGGGUAAAAGGCAACAGCUUUGCGUCAAAAUUAGAACAUUGUCUGUGUCAAGCAAAACUCUCGGCACGGCACGCAAUAAGCUUGAGGAAGCCAAUAAAUUGCUGUCGGCCGAAAAUGGUCAUGGGCGCCUUAAAAAUAUGGAACAGAAGUUACGGAAAAGACAGCAAUAUAUGGUAACACAAGUUGCCCAGAUAUAUCCUGUGAGGCCUUUGGAUGAACAAUCUCCAGGUCACAAGCCUGGAAUUUCCACUAGCAUCAUCAAAACAAGCACUGCUGGAUCAAUUUUGCCAAAUGGCUCUCAGAAAAGACCACUGGCCAUAUUGGGUCUACAAUUAUUGAAGCCUACUGCCAAAAAGACCGGCUACUUCAGUGACAAGACUGAUUUUCAGAAAUCUUCUACUGUUCUGGGAUAUGCUGCACAUGCAGUCUCCCUCAUUGCAUCAUAUCUCAGUGUUCCUCUUCGCUAUCCACUGCAAUUUGGAGGUUCACAGUCAUAUGUACUUGAUCAUGCGCCUGCAGUAGAGCCAUCAUCUAUAACUUCAGUUGUGAGUUCUGCACAUCCGAGCACAAGCAUGAAGACGAUGGAAUUCCCUCUGUUUUUUUAUGGCCAGGAGACAACAAGAUCGGCAUAUGCAGUAUUCUUAUUAAACAAGGAUAUUGAACAACUUUUGAAUUACAUUGGCGCUGAAAGUCUUGGCCCGAGACAUGUAUUAGCUAACCUCAACCAGCUGACAACGAUCAUCCAGUCGCAACAAUACAUUUCUAGUUGAUGGAUUCCCCUUUUUUUUUUGGGAGUUCUCAGUGCGAUAGGUGCAGAUAUGGGUUGAUGCCAUUUUUUACAGGCACCAUUCUUUUCUCAUGACACAGAAGGCUUCAUGUUUCUGCUGAUAUGUUCAUGUAAACAAGUAAAUGAACUUGCUGGUGUAGAAUGUAAUCGCUGCCAGGUAUAUAGGGAAGAUGUGGAUAAUAGAUGAGAUGCUAGCUAUCAGGUCAAGCUGCUUCUUCCUGCGAGAAUUGAUCCGUAGUAGUGUGUUUCCCCCUUAGCGAUGGCAUUUUGUUGCCGUUCCUAUAUAAACUAUGCCCUUCUCGGUA